GCAACAGCUUGUGGGAGGGAGCUGGACGUCUCUAGGUGGAGAAAAACCGGGAGCGAGGGCCAGAGUAGGGGAGGAAGGAGACCUGCCGGUUUAGGGAGCCUCUUGCUGCAAAGAGGGGCGGGGAGAGGCGGGGGCGCUGCAUGCAACGCGCUGGCUCCAGCGGUGCCCGCGGGGAAUGUGACAUCAGCGGCGCCGGGCGCUUGCGGCUGGAGAAGGCAGCUCGCCUCGGCUGCGCGGUGCACACCUCGCCUGGGGGAGGACGCGGACUCCGGCAGGCGGCCGGGAUGUCGGCGAAGGAGAGGCCAAAGGGCAAAGUGAUCAAGGACAGCGUGACCCUCUUGCCCUGCUUCUAUUUCGUGGAGUUGCCUAUAUUGGCAUCAUCGGUGGUUAGCCUGUAUUUCCUUGAACUCACAGAUGUCUUCAAACCUGUGCACUCUGGAUUUAGCUGCUAUGAUCGGAGUCUUAGCAUGCCAUAUAUUGAACCAACCCAAGAAGCAAUUCCAUUCCUCAUGUUGCUUAGCUUGGCUUUUGCCGGACCUGCAAUUACGAUUAUGGUAGGGGAAGGAAUUCUCUACUGUUGCCUGUCCAAAAGAAGAAAUGGGGUUGGACUGGAGCCCAACAUUAAUGCCGGAGGCUGCAACUUCAACUCUUUCCUUAGAAGAGCCGUCAGAUUUGUUGGCGUUCAUGUGUUUGGACUGUGCUCUACAGCUCUCAUUACAGAUAUCAUACAGCUCUCCACAGGCUAUCAGGCGCCAUACUUUCUAACCGUGUGCAAGCCAAACUACACCUCCCUGAAUGUGUCUUGCAAAGAAAAUUCCUACAUUGUGGAAGAUAUUUGCUCAGGAUCUGACCUUACAGUGAUCAACAGUGGCAGAAAAUCAUUCCCUUCUCAACAUGCGACCCUCGCUGCCUUUGCUGCUGUGUACGUUUCGAUGUACUUCAAUUCCACAUUAACGGAUUCCUCUAAGCUUCUGAAACCUCUCUUGGUCUUCACGUUUAUCAUCUGUGGGAUCAUCUGUGGGCUAACACGGAUAACUCAGUAUAAGAACCACCCAGUUGAUGUCUAUUGUGGCUUUUUAAUAGGAGGAGGAAUUGCUCUGUACUUGGGCCUGUAUGCUGUGGGAAAUUUUCUGCCUAGUGAAGAGAGUAUGUUUCAGCACAGAGAAGCCCUCAGGUCUCUGACAGACCUCAACCAAGACCCCAGCAGAGUAUUAUCUGCUAAAAAUGGCAGCAGCAGUGAUGGAAUUGCUCACACAGAAGGCAUCCUCAACCGAAACCACAGAGAUGCCAGCUCACUGACAAACCUCAAAAGGGCAAACGCUGAUGUAGAAAUCAUCACUCCACGGAGUCCCAUGGGGAAGGAGAACAUGGUUACCUUUAGCAAUACCCUACCUAGAGCCAACACCCCAUCCGUAGAAGACCCUGUCAGACGAAAUGCCACCAUUCAUGCCUCUAUGGAUUCUGCUCGAUCAAAGCAGCUUCUCACCCAGUGGAAGAAUAAGAAUGAAAGCCGCAAGUUGUCCCUGCAAGUUAUAGAGACUGAGCCUGGACAGUCACCACCCAGAUCCAUAGAAAUGAGGUCAAGCUCAGAGCCCUCCAGAGUAGGGGUGAAUGGAGACCACCAUCCUCCCAGCAAUCAGUACCUCAAGAUCCAGCCUGGCACUGUCCCCGGAUGUAACAAUAGCAUGCCUGGAGGACCAAGAGUGUCCAUCCAGUCCCGCCCUGGGUCCUCGCAGUUAGUGCACAUCCCCGAGGAGACGCAGGAAAACAUAAGCACCUCUCCCAAAAGCAGCUCUGCUCGGGCCAAGUGGUUGAAAGCUGCAGAGAAGACCGUGGCCUGUAAUAGAAGCAACAGCCAGCCCCGAAUAAUGCAAGUAAUAGCAAUGUCCAAGCAGCAGGGUGUCCUGCAAAGCAGCCCCAAGAACACCGAAGGCAGCACUGUCUCCUGCACUGGCUCCAUCCGCUACAAAACCUUGACAGACCACGAACCCAGUGGGAUCGUAAGAGUUGAGGCUCACCCGGAGAACAACAGGCCCAUCAUACAGAUCCCAUCUACCGAAGGCGAAGGUAGCGGCUCCUGGAAAUGGAAAGCCCCUGAAAAGGGCAGCCUUCGCCAAACUUACGAGCUCAACGAUCUCAACAGGGACUCAGAAAGCUGUGAGUCCCUGAAAGACAGUUUUGGCUCUGGAGAUCGCAAGAGAAGCAACAUAGAUAACAAUGAGCAUCACCACCAUGGAAUCACCACUAUCCGUGUCACCCCAGUAGAGGGCAGCGAAAUUGGUUCAGAGACGCUGUCUGUUUCUUCUUCCCGCGACUCUACCCUGCGGAGAAAGGGCAACAUCAUCUUAAUCCCUGAAAGAAGUAACAGCCCGGAAAACACUAGAAAUAUCUUCUACAAGGGAACCUCCCCAACACGGGCUUAUAAGGAUUGAGUGAUGGGAUUCAAUCCCUUGAGCGAACCCCCCAGAAGACCAUGUCUUGAUUCUCCCUCUGUGCUCUGUUUUCAGUGGAUUGGGAAGCCUUCUCAUCAAACUGGGUCAUCUUACCAUCAGCCCAGAGCUCAAUGACUCUUGAGAACUACUA